UGGUUCCACACCACAUGACUGCCUCUUGAGUUGCUAUAUUUGAAAAAGCUGGGUCUUGAGUUGAUAUAAAUACGGCACGAUGAAGCAGAUGGUAUAUCACAUCAUCCUCAAAUCAUGGACUUCCAGUUUCCAUCUCUAGUGCUGUGCAUCCAAAUCUUGUUGCCCACUCUCAUAUUCCUCACAUUUAUCAGAAACAAAAAGAGAAAUGCGAAACUCCCACCGGGGCCAUGGAGGCUGCCCUUGCUCGGAAACAUGCACAACAUGAUCAGCGGCGACGCUCCUCACCGCGUGCUGCACAAACUCUCCCAGAAGUUCGGGCCAGUGAUGCACCUCCAGCUAGGCGAGCUGUCGGUGGCCGUGAUCUCGUCACCGGAGGCGGCCAAGCAAGUGAUGAAGACUCACGACAUACAGUUCGCGUCCCGGUCCCCGAUCAUAGUCGCGGAGAUAAUCAGCUACGGGUCCACCAGCAUCACGUUCGGGCCCUACGGCGAGUACUGGAGGCAGCUCCGGAAGAUCACGACGCUGGAGCUCCUGAGCAUGAAGCGCGUGCAGUCAUUCCGGUGGCUGAGGGAGAAGGUGUUCGUGGGUCUCGCCAGGAAGUUCGCUUCCAUGGAGGGCUCUCCCAUCAACUUCUCCAAGGAGUUCAACGUCGCAACUUUCAGCCUUAUCUCGAGGGCGGCUCUGGGUGAUAAUAACAAGCAGGUUGAGUCUCUGCACUACAUGAUCAACGAGCUCGCCGAGCUGUCGGCGGGAUUCGAUGUAGCUGACGUCUUCCCUUCCAUCAAAUUGUUCCAAUGGAUGAGUCGACUGAAGAAGAGGGUUUUGGUUAUACACAAAGAUAUAGAUAAGAUACUCGAGGAUGUCAUCCACCAGCACCGAGCUGUCAAGAAGACCGACCAUGAAGAUAUUCUCGAUGUUCUUCUCGAAUAUCAGCAAGAUGGACUUGAUUUUUCUCUCACCAAGGACAACGUCAAAGCUGUCAUCGUGGAUAUGUUGGCCGGUGGAAGCGAGACGUCGGGAACGACAGUGGAAUGGGCGAUGGCUGAACUGCUGAAAAAUCCAAGAGUCCUUGAGAAGGCGCAAGAAGAGGUGAGGCGGGUGUUCGAGGGAGAAGCAAGCAUAGACGAAUCGCGCAUUCCUGAAUGCAAGUAUCUGAAGCUGGUGGUGAAGGAGACGCUGCGGAUGCAUCCGGCGCUGCCUCUCAUGCUUCCGAGGAAAUGCCGUGAGACAUGCGAGGUUGACGGAUACGAGAUACCCGAGAACGCCAAAGUCAUCGUCAAUGGAUGGGCUAUCAACAGAGACCCCAAGUACUGGAAAGAUGCAGACUGCUUCCAACCGGAGAGAUUUCUUGAUAAUUUGGUGGAUUUCAAGGGAAACCAUUUUGAAUUCCUCCCAUUUGGUAGUGGGAGGAGGAUGUGCCCCGGGAUGUCAUUUGGCCUCGCCAACGUUGAGCUUCCGCUUGCUCUCUAUCUCUACCAUUUCGAUUGGAAAUUAGGCGGUGGGAUGAAACCUGAAGAUUUGGAUAUGGAGGAUGGGUUUGGCUUGACUGCGAGGAGGCUCAAACAGCUCUAUCUUGUACCCACCGUGAAAAAGCCUUUGCCUGUUCAAUAAUGCCAAAGACUUCCCCAAUUUUUGACUUCAUACGUUGAAGGAAUGAAGGAUACUUCUGCCUCUGUCUCAUCUACACUUCCACAAUUAUUGACUUCAUACGGUGAAUAAAUGAACUUAUCUCAUCUGUAUCUUGUUUUCGUGUUUAUCAAUAAAAUCUUCGUAUUUUAUUUA